AUGGGGCUGGGGAUGAAGAUGGGGUUGGAGAUGGGGAUGGGGAUAAGAAUGGGAAUGGAGAUGGGGAUAGAAGAUGGAGAUGGGGUUGGAGAUGAUGAGGAUGGGAAGGGAGUUGGGGAUGGAGAUGAGGAUAGAGAUAGAGUUGGAGGUAAGGAUGGCGAUGAGGAUAAGCACGACUACUGCAUCAUCGGGGCCGGCCCGUCGGGCUUGCAGAUGGCCUAUUUCCUGCAGCAAGCCGGCAGGGACUACGUCGUCUUCGAGCGCGGCCACGCGCCUGGCAGCUUCUUCGCCCUCUACCCCCGGCACCGCAAGCUCAUCAGCAUCAACAAGCAGUACACGGGCAAGUCCAACAGCGAGUUCAACCUCCCACAUGCCUGGAACCCGCUAAUGGUGCGCUACCUGGAGGACUUCGCUGCCCUGCUGGAGCUGCGGGUGCAGUACAACACGGCCAUCAUCCAUGUCACGCUGGACGCAGAUCCGCAGGCCUGGAACGGCCACUACUUCGUCCUGACGGACCAGAACAGGCAGAAGUACAAGUGCAGCUCUUUGUUGGUGGCCACUGGCACAUGGGUCCCCAACGUGGUGAACUUCCCUGGCUCAGAGUAUGUUGAGGGUUAUGAGACUGUGUCCAUCAAUCCAGAGGACUUUGCUGGCCAAACUGUGUUGAUCUUGGGCCGAGGGAACUCUGCCUUUGAGACAGCAGAGAACAUUCUGGGCGUCACGAAUUUCAUCCACAUGGUGAGCCGAUCCCGUGUUCGUCUCUCUUGGGCCACCCACUACGUUGGAGACCUGAGAGCAAUUAACAAUGGCCUGCUGGACACAUACCAGCUCAAAUCUCUUGACGGGCUUCUGGAGGGCGACCUAGAAGAUCUGGCUAUUGUCAAAGACAAGAAAGGGAAGUUGCACAUCACGCUCCGUUACUACCUGGAGAACAGAAACACCAGCGCAGGCAUUGACUCCAUCACCCUCCCGCAGGAUGAGCUGGAUAAUUUUGCCACCCGUGCACCUUAUGACCGUGUCAUUCGUUGCCUGGGCUGGAAAUUUGACUUCGCUAUAUACAACAGAUCCCUUAGACUGAUGCCAGGAAAAGGGAAUAAAAAUAAGUAUCCUCAGAUCAAACCCAAUUACGAGUCCAGAGGCACGCGGGGGCUCUUCAUUCUUGGCACUGCUAGCCACUCUGUUGACUUCAGGAAAUCUGCCGGGGGCUUCAUCCAUGGAUUCCGGUACACAACUCGUGCAGUCCACCGCUUACUGGAAAACCGUCACCAUGGUGUCCCCUGGCCAUCCACGGUCUACCCUAUUACACAGUUGACCAACUCCAUCAUCAAGCGGGUGAAUGAGGCCUCAGGCCUCUACCAGAUGUUCAGUGUCCUGGCUGACAUCAUACUGCUGAGAGAGAAUGCUACAGCAUUUGAAUACCUUGAAGAAUACCCUGUUGGAGUCCUGGCUGAGCUGGAAACACAGACAGGGAGAAAAGCUGCCAACGGGCUGUUUGUCAUCAUCAUGGAGUACGGGAGGAACUUCUCUGGGGCUGAUAAAGAUGUCUUCUACUACAACCGAGCUGUAGGGGAGGCCCAGCACGCCUGGCAGUCCAACUUUCUGCACCCUGUCAUUUACUAUUACAAACGCCUCCCAACAGAGCGGGAGAUGAGAUUUCGCCCCCCCGACUGGCCUCUCCCCCGCCCAGAUGCCAUCCAUCACAUCGUGGAGGAUUUUCUGACAGACUGGACAGCCCCAAAUGCUCACAUCCUGCCACUGAGACGUUUCCUGGAGAACUGCCUAGGCACUGACCUGCGCAAUUUCUUUGCAGAAUCCUGUUUCCUGUUUGCCUUCACCCGCCAGAAGCUGCCUCCCUUCUGUCAGCAGGGAUAUGUAAGAAUGCAGGGGCUUGUGGGCACAAGGAGACUCCAGGGCCAUGCCAUGGAAGCUGGCCUGCUGGAGAACUACACUGUUACGGACUUUACAGGCGACAGACUCCUCAGCAGCCACCAGGGGUCACAGGACCAAUUGCUACAAGACCAUGCAAUGCCAGUCCGUCCAUUGCAGCAUGUUGUUAAUGCAAAGGAUGAACUUUAACCUUCUCACUCCACACUGAAAUCCAUAGGUGCUGUUGUGACAAUAUUGUAACAGAGAUCUACAGCAGGACUCUUCCCUUUUCCAUGUACCUUUUUCAUGCCCAACCCUUCCACUGAUCGCAAAUUGCCAAAGACCUGCUCAGAUCUUGCUGUUACAAAGUGGACCAAUGUGUUGUGGAGGCUAAGCCAGGAGCUGAAAUCCAGUGAUUCUGAGGCUUCUGCUUUGUACUUGCAGAGUUCAAAGUUGCCUGAAGACAGUGUUUCUUUUUAUCUCACAGACCAAUAUGUGCAGCAAUG